AUGAUUGCCCUGCGGGGAGGCAGCAGCUACAGGACAGACCAUCAUGACGGAACAAAGAUAUGGAAGAUCGAACAACUUCCAACCACGGACUUCAACCAAGUCGCGCAUGCAAUCUACCGCAAGCCAACGGCCACAUCCAUCCCAGACACCAAGGGUCAAGGAGAGCCUGCACCUGCACCGACACCGACGAAGUACGUGUACGACGUUAUCGAAGGGCAUCGCUGGCGCGGAGAGAACACACUCUACCAAUGCAGUCGAGCCAUCUUCAGCGACCAAACGCAAGCCAACGAGUACGCAGAAGCACUGUACAACAUGUGCAUAGAGAUCUUAACGCCUGCUGAUGACGACGAUGAAGUUUCCGGUGACGGCUUGCGUUCGCUUACCGUUCAUUACGGUGACGGGAAGCCGCCGUACACCAACUUCUUCUGGGUUGAAAAGAGAGAGCUCCGGGAUCGAGCGGACGGCACCACCAUGUAUGUCCCGAUGGGCCCACAGGAUGAGAGUGAGAGUCUUCUGCUCGCCCCGAAGAAGUAG